AUGUUGCAGUCUUUCAGACACCAUAUCAACAUGGCUAACGAAAAGAUCCUAAGUUACAACGACGUAAUCCUCCUCCAAUCAGAUCUCACCAUUUUAAAAAACCCAUGUUUUCUCAACGACCGAAUAAUCGAAUUCUACUUCACUCAUCUCUCUUCACUCCAUUCACAACAAAUCCUCUUUCUCCCUCCUUCAAUCACCUUCUGGAUAACAAACUGUCCAGAUACAGACACCCUUUCAGACUUCCUCCAACCCCUAAACCUCCCAUCAAAACAACUCAUCUUCUUCCCAGUCAACAACAACGAUGACGUGGCAGUGGCUGAAGGCGGGACCCACUGGAGCUUACUUGUAUUUUUCCAAACCAAAAACUUAUUCGUCCACCAUGACAGCUUCCAUGGUCUCAAUAACCACCAUGCUAAACGGCUUUACAAAAGAGUUGUUUCGUAUGCUACUGGUGAUUUGGAUGAUACUGAAACAAGGUAUAUGGAAUACGCGCGGACCCCACAACAAGUCAAUGGGUUUGACUGCGGGUUGUAUGUUUUAGCGAUUGCUAAGGAAAUAUGUAGGUGGUUUGAUGGUGAUGGGAACAAAAACGAGGAUGAUUUAUGGUUUUUGUUUGUUAAGGAAAGGGUUACUUCAACAAGUGUAUCGGGAAUGCGUAUGGAGAUUUUGGAGCUUAUAAGAAGCUUAAGAGAGAAAAAGUGAUGUUAUAGGGUUUGUGACAAAAAAAAGGAAAAAGAAAAACGGGUUUCAUGAUAUUGUAAUAUGUAAUUGUGUUGUGAUUUCUCAUGUUGUUUGUUGAACAGUGUGACAGGCUUCGUGGGCCUAAAUUCAAUUUUUGUAAGUGGGCUUGCUUAGGAAAAUGGAUAAUAGGUGUGAUUGGGCCUAUAUAUAAGUGGGUUUAAUUGGGCCUAUGUAGAAUAGGAUUGAAGUGCUAAGACUAAGAGCAUCCAUAUGAUAGUUUUUUUCUUCUUGCAAAUGGUUAUUUAGGCAUCAAUUGAAAGCUACAUCAUCACCGGAUGCAACUUUUUGAAAUGCUUUCAAGCCACAAGUGGAGCCCUAUAUGCUUCCUUUUUCCUAUUGAGUUUCUUUUAUUAUUAUUUAUUUUAAAACUUACUUUUUAAAUAAUUUAUAAAUAAUCAUGUUUUUGUUUA